UUAUAUUAACAAAUAAAUAAAUUUAUUGAGGUAAUAAUGAAUUUAUUAUUAUUUUGUGUAUUAUUGCUAUUAUUCAAUAUUGAUGUAAUUCAAUCAUUUUGCGAACAAAUUUUCGAUGAAAACAAUGUAAAAGUUCAAUGUUAUUAUUCGGCCUUAACAGAAAUUAAUGAUGUAGAAAAUUCGGAAACAUUCGCCGAAUUGGAUGUAGAAGCUGGACAAUUAGAAUAUUUACCAAAAUAUGCAUUCAAUUAUCCAAAAUUAACCAGACUAACAUUGCGAAGAUGUGAUAUUCAAACAGUAGACAACGAAACAUUUAGCAACCAACCAUUAUUAAUUUACUUAGAUCUUAGUGACAAUAAACUGCAAUCGUUACCAUUAAAUUUAUUUCAAAAUAACAAACAAUUACAGAAUUUAAAACUAAAUGAGAAUAAAAUCUCGAAUAUAAAUGAAGAUACGUUCAUAAGUUUGACUAGUUUAAUAGAAUUAGAUUUAAGCCAUAAUCAAUUAUCAAAUCUACCAAAUAUUUUUAAAUCAUUAACACAAUUACAAGAAUUAAAUUUAAGUUGGAAUCAAAUAAAAAACAUUCAAGCAGAAUUAUUUCAAGAAAAUGUAAACUUAAAAACAGUUACUCUCGAUUGGAAUCCCAUAAUUCACAUAAAUUUUCAAUCAGGGUCAGCCAUUACCGAGUUAAAUCUGAAUUUUUGUAAAUUAUCAGAACUAAAACAAUCUGAUUUUAUUAAUUUACGAAACUUAAAAAUUUUACGCGUUGGAUUUAAUCAAAUUACUGAAUUAGAACCGGACACAUUUCAAGAAAAUACACUUUUAAUGGAAUUAGAUUUAAGUGAUAAUCGUUUAAAAGUAAUACCACCGGGUUUGUUCAAUCGAUUACCUAAUUUAAAAAAAUUAUCGAUACGUGCAAAUCAAUUGAGUGAAAUAUCUUUGGAUAUAUUUAAAUAUAAUUUAAAGUUAGAAGAAUUACGAUUAGAUGGAAAUAAAAUCACACAAUUAGAUUCACAAGUAUUUCGAUUUCUAACUAAUUUAGAAUUAUUAGAUUUAUCUAGGAACCAUUUAACCGUAAUUCUAAACGAUUCAUUUGAUCAUUUAGUUAAGUUGAAUUUUUUAUCAUUGGAUUACAACGAUAUAUCACAAAUUGAACCGGAUCUAUUUGAUAAGUUAAUAAAUUUAAAAAAGUUAAGAUUAGGCUAUAAUAAUUUAACUAGAUUGGAACCAAAUUUAUUCUUUAAAAAUAUCGAAUUAAAUUUUUUAAGCUUGACAAAAAUUGGUUUAACGGAUAUACCAAAUGGGACAUUUAAUAGUUUUCAUGAAGGAAAUAAAAAUGAAACUUCUGAAUUACUUGAACUAGAUUUAAGUGAAAAUCGUUUAAGACAUUUAUCAGCGAAUUCAUUCUCUCCGCUGUCUCAUUUAAUAACAUUCGAUGUGAGUUUCAAUAACAUUGAUUCAAUUGAUAGAAAUUUAUUUAAAUCAAUGAGAAAUUUAUCUGUUAUAAAAAUGAGCUAUAACUGGUUGGAUAAUUUACCAGAAGAUGUAUUUGAUAAUUUAGAAAAUGUUCUUAAUUUAGAUUUAGAAGGAAAUCAUUUAACAAAC